GACAAAUUCACGGCCGUAAAACAUUAAAAAAAGAAACAAUUUGUUAUUUUAUUUUCUUUUUUGUGUCAGAAUGUGUGUCAAGAAUUGUACAAUGUUUUUACAAUUAUUAUUUAUUAUUUUAGUGUUUAACAAAUUAGAGGUCGUUUUAACAGUUAACGAUAUGACUGAAAGUUCGUUUGGAAAAUACACAGAAGGAUCAUUAGGGGCUUUUGGAGACUUCAAUUCAGAUGAGUUAACAGAUGCCUUUGUUAUCAAUAACAAAACAAAUAUUCAAGUUUACCUUGCCCAUGAUAAGGAACCCUUCUUGAGACCGUCACCUUACGCAUGUAAUUUCAGUAAUUUUAUAAUCACGAGUGUUGUACCUGGAGACUUUGAUGGAGAUGCUUACAUGGAUAUUCUUUUGACUACACAAAAUCUGAAUGAUAGCUCUAAUCUUCAUGAAGUCAGAAUUCUGUGGGGUGGCUCCUUGUUAAAUUGCUCUGAUGCAUUAAUGAUAAAAGCCAUUACUUAUGGUCAACCAUUAGUAAUGGAUUUUAAUCGAGAUAUGACAUUAGAUUUAUUUGGAAUAAAUACUGAAAAAAAACGAGUCUAUUGGGUGUUUGAUAAAACAAGAGGUACUCCUAAUGAAAUAUCAAUGGAAGAUGGACCUGAUAAAGAAAUAAAGCUGCCUCAUUCUCACUCGUUUUUAGAUAUAAAUAAUGAUAAUUCUGCUGAUCUUCUAGUUACAACCAAAACUGACAUAGAAGUAUGGCUAAACGAAGCAGAAAAUUUUAAAUACAAUAGAAGUAUAGAAUUACUUGUGGGUCAUCAAGCUAUUUAUGGACAAGCUUUGUUCAUUGAUGUGGCGCUCUCAGGACAAUUUUUUCUAGUAAUACCUGUUUGUUCUGAUACUGAAUGUUUUAAUAGCACUAUAUUAAUUUAUGACGAUCAACAAUGGCAUGAUUUACAAAUUGACCUAAAUGAUGGCAAAGGAACUCUAUGGAGGUUUGCACCCCCUAGGAAUGAGAUAUAUUUAGAUGCCAUCACUAUGCGCAGUGGUGAUUACAACAUGGAUGGUUAUCCUGAUAUAUUAAUGACUCUAAGUCCAACAAACAAUGAAGAAACCAGAGUAUUCUUACUCCAUAACAUUGCAUGCUCUGCUCCUGGGUGUAAAUUCUCUAGAACUUUUCAAGUCCAAUGGGACUUGUUUUAUUCUUUUGGAACAAACAUUGUGAUGGCCACUUUUUACGACUUUUACAUGGAUGGCGUGCUCGAUAUAAUAUAUGUUAGGAGGAAUAUCACAACCAAAAAAUAUAAUAUGCAUGCUUUCAGAAAUGAGUUGGAAUAUGAUACCAAUUUCAUAAAAGUCAUAGUCGUAACAGGCUUGACAAAUGAAAAAACUCCAACAAUAAAUGGCACCCUUUACAAACGCAAAGGCACUUUUGGUACUAAUUUACCAGGACCAAAAAUUGGCUAUAAUACUUGGUCACAAGAAGGAAGUUAUAGGACAGGAGUCUGUGCACAGCUGCCACAAUCUGCAUACUUUGCUCUUCAAUUACCUUAUUCAAUAUUUGGAUUAGAUCGCACACCAAAUUUUGUAGAUACUUUGAAUGUUGGUCUUUCUGGGCAUUCUAAGAGUUGGACUCAGAUAAUUCCAAAUUCUCAAAUAGUAGUUAUUCCAGCACCUCCAAAUGAUGCCUCGCAAUGGAGAGCACAGUUAUUUGUAACCCCUAGUAAAGUAAUUCUUAAAAGUGUAUUUGUGCUUACUGCUAUUCUUAUUGUCAUAACAGGCCUUGUUUUGUACUUGCAUUGGAAAGAAAGAGAUGACAGACAGGAUAUUAUUGAAAUAGAUGAAAAAACCUAUGUUAAAAUUUAAAGUUUAUGUUUCAUGAAUGCAUGAAAUAUCGAUUUAAAUUGUUAUCUAUUAUUAUGGAUAACUAAUAACAAAAACAGAAAAGGUUAAAUUUCUAUAAUUAUCUCCACCAUUUGACCUAGUUCUCUGGAACAGUGAAACGACAGGGCAGAACAGUCCUUAAUUCCCAAGUUUAAUUGAAAUGAAUAGUGCGGUAAGUAUGUUGAUGAAAUAUUCAUCCUAAUUACAUAAGUACCUACAUGUUAUUAAUAAAAUUUGAACAUGUGUAAAUACAAACAGUUGCUAGUUUAUAUUGGUUAUCUUUAAGCUAUAGUUAUGAAAAUGAGUGUUGUAUAGUUAUGGCAGAGAUGAAGUAUGAAGUGAUUAUCUAAAACUGUGAUAAUGAAAACUUGUUCUUAGUAUUUAAUAUAUUAUCUGUAUGUCCUAUACCUAGUAUACAUUAUCAAACCUGUGUUAAUAAAUAUUUAUGGGUGAAUUUGUUGUCAAAAAAUUUUUUUGACAUCAAAUUCGUGAUCAGCGACCUCAAAAACCCUUAGAGAUGUAUUUUUUAUAGCAAAGACGCAUUAUACCAAGUACGCGCCGUAAUUUACCGAAAGUUGAAAAUUCGAGUUUUUUUCAAUAAAUCGCCCCGCUCACCAGAGUUGACCAAAUUGAGUCCAAUUGCCUGCACUCGAAAGAGGGCGAUUGCCGCUAUCUAUACUAUACAGCAGCCCUCUGGAAAAUGAAAACAACCCUAAAAAUAAGAGGGUUGAAUCUUGAAAAUGACGCGUUUUUCACGAUUUUUUCGCAUUUAAACUUAAAAUUCACAUGUUUUUACUUGACCAAAAAAUCUGAAAAAAUUCAUGGGACUGCCACACAUCAA